CUGCAUUCUUAAGAGCCAAUGAUGUAAAUGAAAAACAGUGGGUAACUGGAUGACUUCACUUCCUCCACAAACACAGACAAUAUUAACUAUCCAUAGAUAGAACAACUAUUUCAAGGCCAAUUAAAUUGUAUUGUAUGGAACACAGCUGCUUCAGCAUAUCACUCAACCCCCAAGUGAAGAAUUGCCCGAUUUUCUAGAUAGGGCAACAAAGAAAAUGUAGUGUUCAAAUGUUCUUACAACAUUUCAUACAACAAGCAUAAUAAUAGUCUUUAGCACUUCCUUCAGAAAAGUUUAGAAUGUACACUUUUAUUGGCACAUUGAAAGCAACACCAAAAGUAGCCUACACAGGAACUGUAAUACUCCAGCCCAUUGUAAAGAUGAAUGUGAAUAUGAAACAAAGCAGAAUGUUUGCCCCGUCAUCUCCACUGUCAGGAGGUUGGGGAGAGCACAAGUGUGAGUGCAUCUGUCUCCGCGUCUAAAAUAGUCUCCCCUCUUGCUCUGACAAAGGAAUGAGAGCUGAGGGGGGUAGGAAGGGCCAGUGGUCCUGGGAGAGAACGGGGCAAGUCUCGAGCAAAGGAGAAAAUAGAUAUGCCUCCAUCUGUUUGAGCACCAUCCCCCUAACUCUAACCCCCCCAGUUCAAACACUGCAGCUCAAAGUUGGGUCUGUUUGAGGUCACAUGGGUGGCGGCACCCUAUAAAGUCUUGUGGCUGCGGGGCUGUUGGACUCUCCCCCUCUUUUUAGACGAAGCUGCUGGGUUUGAGGGCUGACUGGAAGCAGCACAGCUUUUUGUCCUUGUUUCAGAGUUCAGAUUCAGAUCAUGUCUGACACUGAGGAAAUUGUGGAGGAGUAUGAAGAAGAGAUGGAGGCUGAGGAGGAAGUGAAGGAGGAGGAAGAGCAGGAGGAGGCUGAAGAACAGGAGCAGGUAGAGGAGGAACCAGAAGAGGAGCCUGAGAAAGAACAGGAGGAAGAGGAAGAGGGAGAGCAGAAUGAAGAGGAGGAUUCCAAGCCCAAGGCUAAGAUGUACGUCCCUAACAUCGCACCACCCAAGCUGCCCGACGGCGAGAAAGUGGACUUUGAUGACCUCCACCGCAAGCGCAUGGAGAAGGACUUCAACGAGCUGCAGAGCCUGAUCGAGCUGCACUUCAACACCCGGCAGAAGGAGGAGGACGACCUGGUGUCCCUCCGCAGCCGCAUUGAGCGCCGCCGUGCCGACCGCGCCGAGCAGCUGCGCGAGCGCGCCGAACGUGAGCGUGAGCGGCAGGCGCGCCUCGCCGAGGAGCGCGCCCGACGAGAGGAGGAGGCUGCCAAGCUCCGUGCCGACGAGGAGGCCAAGAAGAAGAAGAUCAUUUCCAACAAGGGCUUCGGCAGCUACCUGCAGAGGGUGGAACAGAAGAGGGGCAAGAAGAUGACCGAGCGCGAGAAGAAGACCAAAGUGCUGACGGAGCGCCGGAAGCCGCUCAACAUCGACCACCUGAACCAGGACAAGCUGGCCGAGAAGGCCCGCGACCUGUGGGAGUGGCUGAAUCAGCUGCACUCCGAGAAGUUCGACCUGACCGAGCAGCACAAGAAGCAGAAGUACGAGGUCAGCGUGCUGCGCAACCGGGUCAGUGACCACCAGAGGGGCCCCAAGGCAGCCAAGACCACCAGGGCCGCCAAGGGCAAGACAGGCUCAUGGAAGUGAAUGCCUCCUUUGGGUGGCUUUUGUGUUGGGGAGUAGCUUAAAGGUUUGUCAUUGUUGCAUGUUUUGGCUCAUUUCCAUUGGACUCAUGACUAGUUUCAUUUGUAAGCCUAACAAGUCAUUAUGGACGGUGAAACAAACAUGCUGUAAGACCACAGACUCUGUUACAGGCCUAACAGUCUUUGUUGUUGAAAAUUGUAAAAUUUGCACAAUUUUAACUUCCACCAAGAUACCACUGAUAUAUAUAUUUUAAAAAGUAAUCUGAUGUGGAAUCACAAUGCUCAGUACAUCAGUAUUAUUAAAAUCCAGCAAAUGUUGGCCUUCCGGGGUAUAUUAUGUCACUGUUUCACUCCAGGAACAUAUGAGAGACAAUUAUUAUCACUGUUUGAACACAGAUGUUUAACAACAAAGAAAAAUAAAAAUGAACACUAUUGUUUGUUGUGA